AUGAAUUAAAGAAAGAAAAUAGUGAAGAAAGCGAAUUUAACAAGGAAAAUAAUGAAUUAAAAGAAAAAAAUAAAAAAGAAACGGAAUGUAACAGGGAAAAUUUUCAAUUAAUUGAAGAAAACUCUACAGAAAGUGAAUAUAACAAGGAAAAUAAUUUCAAAUUUGAAAAUAAUCAAUCGAAAGAAAAUCGAAAUAAAGAAAGUGAAUGUGGCGGGGAAAAUAAUGUUGAACUUGAGAAAAAACAAUUAAACGAGGAAAAUAAUAACGAAAGUGAAUGCGACAAAGAGAAUAAAGAAAAAUUCGAAAAUAAUAAAGAAAGUGAAUGUGACAAAGAAAAUAAUAUCGAAUUUGCCGAAAAAAAUAACGAAGAAGGAAAGAAAGAAGAAUUCAAUGAAAAUAGAAAAAAAUUAACUGAAGAUAAUUCAGAUAGUGACGAAUUUGAUUUUGAACUAAUGGAGAAAAAAAAUUUCAUCAAGGGAAAAAUAUACGAUUUUGAUCCAAAAAAACAUGGAGUGAGAAUGACGGAGGAAUUUCUCAGGAAACAUUGCAAGGAACAAAAAUUAUAUCAGACUCCACAUCUGAAUGAUGUUUUAUAUUUACAUUUUAAAGGUUUUUCGUUCAUUGAAAAUUUGGAGAGAUACACUGGUCUAAAAUGUGUUUGGCUUGAGAAUAAUGGAAUUCGUGAGAUAGCAAAUCUCGAGAACCAGACGGAGUUGAAGAGCCUUUAUCUUCAGAAUAAUUUAAUAACCAAAAUCGAAAAUCUCCAAUAUUUAACGAAACUGGACAGUUUGAAUUUAUCGCACAAUAUGAUUAGGAAAAUAGAAAAUCUCGAUUGUCUGAAAUUGCUAAAUACUCUGAAUAUUUCGCACAAUUUUCUUGAGAAGAAGGACGACAUUGAAGAGUUGCAGUCUCUUGAGAAUCUCUCGAUAUUAGAUUUGUCGCAUAAUAAAAUUGAUACCUUGGAAGUACUCGAGAUUCUAGGAAACAUGAAGUGCUUAAGAGUUCUGACCUUGACGGGAAAUCCAGUUGUGAAAUCAAUGAAAAUGUAUCGAAAAACCUUAAUCUUGAAAUGCAGGAACCUGAUGCACCUGGACGAGAGGCCAGUCUUUCCCCGAGAUCGUGCUUGUGCAGAAGCUUGGGAAAGAGGAGGUCCUGCUGAGGAAACUGCCGAAAGACAACGACUCAUUCAACAGGAACGAAAUAGAAUAAAUGAAAGUGUACUCGGUCUCAUCAGAAAAAGAAAAUCAGUGUCUCGACAAGUUGAAUCGAAAGAAUUGCAAAAUGAAAUCAGCAAGUGUGAAAUGUUGAUGCUGGAGGAGAAAAUAUCGACUGUCACAUUGACGACGAAUAGCUUAGAGAUCGAGGAAGAUGAUAAUAGCGACCAAGAGGAUGAGACGAAGAAGAUUCACAAGGGAGAAUCGAUUAGAGAAAUUCUUCUACCUUGGGAAAUAAAGACAAAUUUUAAGAAACCGAAAAUUGAGGAAAUCGACGACGACACGAAAUUCGAACUCUUGGGGAAAAGUAAAAAAAGUGAAAAUAAUUCGUCUGUAAACGAAAAAUUAAAUAUUGAAGAAAUUGAAAAAUCGAAAUCCACCGAAUUAGAUGAGAGGAAAAAUGAAAUUUUUAUUUCAUCAAAUAAA